CCGCUGCCCGCGGCCCCCGCUCCGUCCGCAGCGCCCCGGCCCGCACCGCCCCGCCAGCAUGGCCGGGGCCAUCAUCGAGAACAUGAGCACCCGCAAGCUCUGCGUCGUCGGGGGCAUCCUGCUCGUGUUCCAAGUCAUCGCCUUCCUGGUGGGAGGGCUCAUCGCUCCCAGCCCCACGACAGCUGUUCCCUACAUGUCAGUGAAGUGCAUUGAUGUCAGGAAGAACCACCACAAAACCAAGUGGCUGAUGCCCUGGGGACCCAACCACUGCAAGAAGCUGAAGGAUUUCGAAGAGGCCGUGAGCCGGCAGAUCGAGGCCAACGACAUCGUGUUCGCCGUGCACAUCCCACUGCCCAGCAAGGAGAUGAGCCCCUGGUUCCAGUUCAUGCUCUUCAUCAUGCAGCUGGACAUUGCCUUCAAGAUGGACAACGACCUCAAGGAAAAUGCAGAGAUCACCCUGGAUGUGUCGCUGGCCUAUCGUGACGACAUGUUUGGUGACUGGGAGGAAAUAGCACAUGCCAUAGAGAUCAGGAAGCUGAAGUGCACCUUUGGCUCUCCAAAAACCGUGGAGUCCGAGGGCCGUCACUACGACUGUGACUUCCUGCCCUUCAUGGAGAUUGGCAGCGUGGCACACAAGUACUACCUCAUCAACAUCCGCCUGCCCGUCAACGACAGGAAGGGCAUCAACGUGGGCAUCGGGGAGAUCAAGGACAUCCGCCUCGUGGGCAUCCAUCAAAACGGAGGCUUCACCAAGGUGUGGUUUGCCAUGAAGACCUUCCUGACACCCAGCAUUCUGAUCAUCAUGGUGUGGUACUGGAGGAGGAUCACGCUGAUGACGCGUGCUCCCGUCCUGCUGGAGAAGGUCAUCUUUGCUCUGGGAAUUUCCAUGACAUUCAUUAACAUCCCCGUGGAGUGGUUUUCCAUUGGAUUUGACUGGACUUGGAUGCUGCUCUUUGGAGACAUUCGACAGGGCAUCUUCUAUGCCAUGCUGCUCUCCUUUUGGAUCAUCUUCUGCGGGGAGCACAUGAUGGACCAGAACGAGCGGAAUCGGCUCUCGGGGUACUGGAAGCAGGUUGGACCCAUCGCCGUGGGCUCCUUCUGCCUCUUCAUCUUUGACAUGUGUGAGAGGGGAGUGCAGCUCAAGAACCCCUUCUACAGCAUCUGGACCACUGAGGUGGGCACAGAGCUGGCUAUGGCCUUUAUUAUAGUCGCAGGGAUCUGCCUGUGCCUCUAUUUUCUCUUCCUGUGUUUCAUGGUCUUCCAAGUGUUCAGAAAUAUCAGUGGGAAGCAGUCGAGCCUCCCUGCCAUGAGCAAGGCUCGCCGCCUUCACUACGAGGGGCUGAUUUUUAGGUUCAAGUUCCUGAUGCUCAUCACCCUGGCCUGUGCAGCCAUGACCGUCAUCUUCUUCAUCGUGAGCCAGGUGACAGAAGGCCACUGGAAGUGGGGGGACAUCACGAUCCAGGUGAACAGCGCCUUCUUCACCGGCAUCUACGGGAUGUGGAAUCUCUACGUGUUUGCCCUCAUGUUCCUGUAUGCUCCAUCCCACAAGAACUACGGUGAAGACCAGUCCAAUGGUGACCUGGCUGUGAACAGCGGGGAGGAGCUGCAGCUCACCACCACCAUCACCCACGUGGACGGGCCCACGGAGGUCUACAAGCUGGCUCGGAAGGAGGCUCAGGAGUGA